CGCGCUGUAGGACGCACAGGCGAUCAGCUGAGCAGCGUUUCCUUCUUAGAGGAAGAUAGACGGAGCUGUGUUCAGUCAGGCUCACUCACUCUCUGUUUGGACAAUUUAACUCGAGUUUGGCUCCUGUUAUUAUAAAAUUGUGCGUAACGAAGCUGCUUCCGUGGACGAGAUGUUGGAGAUAUUCGCGUCGCCAAAAUGAACACAGACUGCACCAAGCCUUCUGUUGCUCCAAAGCCAAGAUUUGUUUGUCACGCCAGCCUGAAACUGCCCUCCCCUCUCAUGUCUGCAGCCAGGGGUCCCAAACCUUCGAUAGCCCCAAAGCCUAAAGUCACCCGAGAGCUUAAUGGCAACCAGGGAGGGUGCUUUAAUGGCGGCUUGCUAACUUCAGGUGGCGAGGUUGAUGAAGAGCACGAGACAGAGAACGGUCUAAACAAAGUGGUUGCAGAGUUGUUGCCAGCAGGGAAACAAUUUAACGCCUACAUCCUCAAAUCACCACAAAAAGAUGUUAAGACUGUGGCGGCGGACGGAGAGGUGACAGAGGAGGUAAAGGAAGAGGAAGAAGACAUGGUAAAGAAGAUGGACGAGGACUGGAGAUUAACUGACAGUGCUCUAACAGAGGAGGUGGACUCCGUUUGGGUCAGUGAUGCUGGACUCACAGCUGACUCUGAGGAGGCGGUGGAGAUGGUUGACACAGACACGACGGAGGACAUGGACGCUGAAGGUUGUGAUGCUGGCGAGGCGCUGGCUGAUCCAGAUGGCCUCUCAGUGGGAGACAUUUCUGUUAAUAGCAUUGACAAGGAGGCCGGAUGCUUUUCUGCUGAAAAUCGACACAUGAAUGAGAGUGAGGAAAAGCUUCAAAUCAAGCAGGAUGAAACCAGUGACUGUACAGCUGAUGAUUUAACUGAGUCUCUCACAGACGAACUGGGUCUCCUCAGCAAUGACACCGCUAAACAAGUUGUUCUAACAGAUGGAGAGGAGAAAGAAGAGGAAUCUGCUCUAGAUUGUGGCAUUACUUGUAACAUCCUGAAGUUUAGGUGUGGCCAUAAAAUAAAGGAAAAGGGCAAAAACCUGCAGAACAUUAGUUUUUCUGACUUUAUUUCCAAAGACCAGAAACAGAUAUGUGAGAGACAUGUUGCCAUAGAGGACGAUCCAACUCCUGAACCUUAUUAUGUCUCCUCAGAGGACAUUAUUAACAGAGAGAUAAUGCCAAGGAAUAACCCAGCUGAGGGUCUACCAGAGAGUCCGCUCAUUCCACAGAAACUUAUGUCUAUAAACAGCAGCGGAGUAUCAACCGGGAUAUAUGAGGAAACGCCAGAAAAUGGACAAUCCUCUGAAGAUUACGUGGAGAUUGGUAACAAUGGGUACAGCAGCCACUACAGAGUUGAAAACAAGGCAAGAACAUACCAGAAAAGGACGACUGUCAAAACUGAAGAACUCAAAGCUCAGACAGCGGAGGCCUUGUUGAAUCAUUUAGACUGCCAGCCAAGAUUCAGGCUGGUAUCCAUCUCAGUGCCAACAGACACUGACACCUCGCUGACAUCUUCUCUCUCAGAGAGCCAGCUGCUCUCCCCGAAUGACUCAGAUGUCUUCAGAGACGAGGAAGACCUGGAGGGUCACAUAGUGCCGUUUCUGGAUGACACCACCGACACGGAGCAGGACAUCAGCGAUGAGCAUGUCUAUGAGGAGCCAGGCCACAGCUCAGAGGGUGAAAAUGUUUUCCCUUUUGAUAAGAGAACAACAGAGAGGCGUGCCCGCUCGCUGUCACACCGCUUUAAUAAUAAUGUGGCUGACAUGGGAAUGCAGUUUGUCCAGAGGCCCUACAUGAGUGGAUUCGGACAACCUGCAUUAAGCAGCAGUCCCAUGUUGAGCUCAAUGCUGCACAAGACCCAUGCCAAACCCCACUAUUUGUCCCUGUACCCCCGCUCUCUCUCUAUGGAGGGACAGGACACACCUCUGGGUGCCUACAGCUACAGGGAAGGAUCCCCAAGACAGGGAGGUGCAAUUUGUUCAUCUGGAAGCUUCUCCCGGUGCUCACCUCUGUCGUCCAGUGGCCUGUCCACUCCGACCUCUGUAGUGGAUAUCCCUCCUCCGUUUGACCUGGCCUACAUCACCAAGAGGCCCAUCACAAAGAGUUCCCCCUCGCUUUUCAUGGAAGGAGACUCGUCUGAGAAAAACAGGAAAAAGAAAUCCUCCAUUAAGCGUUUCCUGAUGCUCAAAUUUAGGCGAAAAACUGAGAGCAAGUCUGUGGUGGAUGUCAACCCAUCCUCCUUCAAGUCCUCAGCAGAGUCCAGCCACCACAUGCCCAGCAGACUACUGGAUCUAGAUAGACACAGCCUAAGUAGCUCUCCACAUCUCAACUCGCGCUCUGCUUUUAAACCUCAUGUUUCACCUGAGCUGGCCUCAAAAUUCUUGCUCUACAAUGACAGCAAAAGAAAAGGGAGCUCCAUGGCCUUUCUCAAUCGCAGCGUUGUCCGGGUGGAGUCCUUUGAGGACCGCUCCCGUGUGCCUUUCACACCUCUUCCCCUGACUAAGCCUCGCUCCAUCUCCUUUCCCAACGCAAAUACCUCAGACUACGAGAAUGUUCCUGCAAUCAGCUCGGAUUACGAGAACCUCCAGGUCCCGCAGCGGAGACCUGUAAGACAAACGCCAUUCACAGGGUUCUUUGACCGUCCCAGUCGGGCUCUGUCCUCAGCCAAUGACACUGACGGUUAUGUGGACAUGAGCAGCCUCCCUGGGUUCAGGAGUACAACUCAGACAUCCGAACAGGAAACAGAAAGUGCCUAUACAGAAGCCUACAACGUGUGUUCGGUGGCUGUCGCUCCACAGACUGUUUCAGUGGGUGAUGCUGGGGGAGAGACAGCGGGUGAGGAUGACCAAGGACGCACCUCUGAGGAGGAAGAUGGAGUUGCAGACAAUUACGAUAGACAGCCUGAUGGCCGAUCCAGAGCCUUUUACAUCGCGAAAGAGCUGGUGGAUACAGAGAGAUUGCAUGUAAAAGCCCUCAAGCUCCUGCAGGAAGAUUUUCGGGAAGCGGUGGGGGCAGCAGUCGGGGACGAGGGGGAACCUGUGUUGGAUGAAGAGAGGCUUCGAGAGAUUCUUAAUGAGCUGCCUGAUAUUUACACCCUGCACCGCAGAAUCCUCAACGAGCUGGAGAAUCGAAUCCGACACUGGGAGGAGAGCCAGAGGAUUGCAGACAUCUUCCUGUCCAGAAAAGCCGAGUUCUUGGUUUUUACCACUUACAUUGGCCACUACGACCGCAGUAUGAGCCUGCUGGAAGACAGCUGCCGAACUUCACCUGCCUUUGCAGCCAUUGUUCACCAGUUUGAGCAGGAGAGUCCAGCUGGGGAGAAAGUGUCUCUGAAACAUCAGCUCCUGCAGGUCAUUGUGCGUGUAGCUCAGUACCGCAUGCUCCUCACUGAUUACCUGAACAACCUCUCCCCUGAUUCCAAGGAGUAUGAAGACACCCAAGCCGCUGUGGCAGUUGUGUCUGACAUUGCAGAUCAAGCAAAUGACAGCAUAAAACAUGGGGAGAACUUGUUGCGUCUGGUCAACAUAGAGUACAGCGUGCGUGGCCAACGGGACCUGCUGCAGCCUGGCAGGGUCUUUGUGAAAGAGGGUACCCUGAUGAAGGUCAGCAGGAAGAGUCGACAGCCCCGCCAUCUGUUUUUGGUAAACACUGCUUCGUACCGCAAUGGCAAAGUGUGUGAUCAUUGUUACAGCGAGCUAAAGAAGAGAGGGGGAGACAUGUCUGCACUGUCAGGUAAAAGCAGCCCUCGUCCAAACCGCUCCAGUCGCCCUCUCUCGGCUGUGUUCCAAAAUAUUCAUCCUCCCAACAUCUGGAGACAUCGGAAAGGCACAGCCUCUUUCACCCAGGUGACCAUGUUAGAGGAAGGCUCCAUUAGUGGCAGUCUACAGCGCAGCAAGAAGAGCAAGAGGAGCUGGAAGAGACUUUGGUUCCUCCUAAAAGACAAGGUGCUUUACACCUACCGAGCCCAAGAGGAGAAAGUGGCAUCAGAGAGUUUACCUCUGCUGGGUUUCACAGUGAAGUUACCAGACAAGCGGGAAGGGGAGGAGGAAGAGGCCAGCAUCUUCCAGCUUUACCACAAAAACACUUUGUACUAUACCUUUAAAGCUGUGGACAACUACACAGCCCAGAGGUGGGUAAAUGCCAUGGAGGAAGCCACAGUUUUAUAGGAUCAGCUACUCCGGGAGGGUUGCCGAAAAUAGAAGUCUGCUGCCUUUCCUCUGCCCGAAAAAGGACUGUAAAACCAAGAACACACGAUUGGGAGUAAAACACAAUUUUUGAUUAUGUCUGCAAGUUGUUACUAGCCUGGCUGGACUUAAUAAAAACGAAGACAUCGUGUUCUUUGAGAGGGGACACGAUUACCUAUUUUGUCAACCUCCAGUGUCCCCUGCCUGCUGUUACAGCAGGUGUGAUGCUGAGAGCCACGAGAGGCGUUGGCCCAGAUACCUGCCAGUGUGGAACAUUACAUCGAUGCGAACUGUAUUUCUCCUAGGAGCUGAUCAGCGACAUUCCUCCAGAAGAUAAAUAUAUUCUAUGAUUUCAACUAUUUUUUCAACAUAUCAAAUAUUUCAAAACAACAUAAAAAAGUAUUUCAAUAACUCUUUAACACUUUAACCACAGUCAUUUUACUGUUGCUACCAUGGAGGCUGAAAAAAUAAUAACAAAUUUCAACCUCACUGAAGAUGUCCAAAUGUGGAAUAGCCUGAUCUUCAGUUACAAAAUGCGUUAGUUACACCUUCAUUUGAACAUGUGUUCUUCCACUGGAUUUAAUGCAUCUCUAUGACUAAUACUUUGAAGCACAGGCUGUAUCAAAGAAUGAGUAAUUUUAUAUGUAUAGAAGUGUCUGUAGCUUUGCCGUGUACUGUAUUGUUUGAGAUGGUCCUGCAAGUGAAUAAAUAGUUUGUAUGCCUUUUUGCACUGAUAUAAAAAGGAAUGAACCUGAUAAAGAGAUAUGAGUGUAUCUUCAUCAUAAAGGCCAAAAGCAAAAGCUACUGAACUUUACUUACUCCAUUUACUUAAAUUUUUUUAUUGAGAAAAAUGUUGCCAGUUACAUCUUUACUGUUUUAAAUAGGCCAAACUAAAGCAAGUAUAGUGUAAAUUCUUAUUUGUAUAAAGACUACACAUCCAGUUGAGCCAUAAAGCACUGACUUUGCUGAUACACAUAAUCAGUGUUUUGGACUUUGUACUGUACUUGAUGAUUUAAGUUUAAAUGUCUAACACUAAUAUUUUAAAAUCAAGUAAAGGAGGCUAU